AUGCCUGCUUCCUUGCAACCCAGAAUAUUUUAUGGUUUAAAUACUAAUAUUAUUUCAAACGCGCAUUACAUUACAGAUGCAGAAGUUUUAUACCCUGUUGGAAAUGUAAUAGCAGUUCAUAAUAUUCCUCAACGUCGUCAAAAUUUGAUACAUUUGCCCGGCAAAAAUGAGAUAAAUAUAAUUUCUGUUACACCUAACAAAAAAUAUGUUGCAACGUGUGAAGUCGGAGAAAAACCGACUAUAUCCAUUUAUGAUCUACAGACAUUAAAAAGAAAGAAACUUCUUGGAAUACCGUAUGAUGCUCCUGACGUAACUAACUUUACUUGCAUGUGCUUUAGCUUCGAUAAUAAAUAUUUGGCAGCAGUUACAGGAUUGCCUGAUCAAACUAUGCUUUAUUAUAAUUGGGAAAAGGGAAAAGUAGAAUCUAGUUUGAAAGUAGGCAUCCCUCAAAAUCCACUGGCAGUCGUUGAAUUAUUAGCUUGUAAUCCAUCUGAUAUAGGAAUAGUUGCAAUUGGAGGUCCACAGAUAUUUAAAUUUUUAACCCUUUCCGAAACUGUAUGGCGUCCUUAUGGAUUUUCUAAAGCAGACAAUAUACUUAUAUGUUCAAUGACCUGGUUAAAUUCAGACAGAUUAUUACUUGGAACUAAAGAUGGUCGAAUACUAUACUUGGAGAAUGGUGACUUAAAAAAUGUUUACAAAAUGACUAAUACAACAUCCAUGAAUCUUAGAAUUCGGGAAGAAUAUAUUAUACCUGCCAGUAGUUCACUAAUGGAUUUUAAGCAGAAUACUCAUUGGGAAAAUAAUAUUCGUUGUUUACAUGCAUUUUCAAAGGGAUUUGCAUAUGCAUUUGGUUUAAGAACAAUUGUAUUCUUCGAAAAAGAUGGUCAACAUAAAUAUGUAAAAAGAAAUAUUUAUACAAUUCCAUUACAAGUAUCAAAAGACGAUAAUGAAGAUUUAUAUCAGGUCAAUACUAUAAAUAUUAAUAUAAGUUUGGAUCGUCUUAUAAUUACAACUAGUUGGCCACAGUUAUUUUAUGCAAGAUUAUGGGGACCAGAUCUAAAUGUAGAUCCAGAACCACAGAAAUUAAAAGUUAUGGGUCAAGCACUACAUCAUGGACCUAUAAGCAAUUUAUCAAUGUGUACUUGGAAAUCAGUAUUCAUGACCUGUGGAGAACUCGAUAAUAGUGUAAGACUAUGGGAUUUUGAGACAGGAAAAUUAAUUUUACUUAAACAAUAUACAGAAGACAUUUGUGGAAUUUCUUUACACCCCACAGGUCUCUUUUGUUUAAUUGGUUUUAGUGACAAGUUACGCUUUUUGAGCAUAUUAAUAGAUGAUCUAUUACCUAUGGAGGAAUUUCCUAUAAGAUGUUGUAAAACUGUAACAUUUAGUCAUGGUGGUCAUUUAUUUGCUGCUGUUAACGGAAAUAUUGUGCAAGUUUACACUACUAUUGGUUUUGUCAGCUAUUUUAUUUUGAAAGGACACACUAAUAGAGUGAAGGCUUUAUUGUGGUCACAAACUGACACAAAGUUAUUAACAUUGGGUACGGAGGGUGCUAUAUAUCAAUGGAGCAUGAGUACUGGUCGACGUUCUGCAGAAAUAAUUUUAAGAGUGCUUAAUUUAUAUGAUAUUGCUCUGUCUGCUGAUGAAUCGAGUUUAUAUUGCAUUGCCAAUGAUACUUUUAUACACGAGAUAAAAGAUAGUACGAUGGUACGAGAGUAUAAUUUAUCAGAAUUAAUCAUGCACAGUAUGGUAUUAGGAAAAGAGGAUCAAGUUUUAUUUCUUGUUUGUUCUGGAGGUACUAUUGUUUCUGUGAAAUGUCCACUUCAACAGCCAGUACAUUAUGUAGAUUUCAAGAUUCAUUCCGUUGAUAUUACAAAGAUUGCUCUUUGUUACAACGAACAGUUUUUAGUGUCUACCGGUAUUGACGGUAGUUUAUGUAUAUGGAAAGUGUACUAUCCCGAAGGAAAGGGAACAAUAGGUAAAGAGAUAGUAUACACGAAUGAGGUACUGAUUAGUAAAGGUGAUCUGGAAGAGAAAAUACAAACGAUUGACGGUUUGAAUGUAAGAAUGAGGGAAUUGGAAACCGAACACGCGUACAAAAUGCGUCAGAUAGAAGUUCAGCAUAACGACAAAGUGCGAGAUUUACAUCAAGGAUAUUGUGAAGCUAUCGAAGAAUUGAGGGAUAAGAUAAGUAGAAAACAAGAAGAUCAUAAGAGUGAACUUAAUGCGAUAAAUGCUGAGAUAGUUACAAUGAAAGAAAAUCACGAGGAAACAAUGAAACGGGUGGAAAUGAAUUACGAUGCUAAACUUAUAACAGAGUAUGAUAGGUAUUUAGUUUUGGAAAGCAAUAUGAAUGCCAUGCGACAUGAUUAUGAUAAACGUUUGGAAGAUUUAGAAAAACACGGAGUCAAUGAAUUACAGAAAGCAACAACUAAAUAUGAAGGUCUUUUACAUACGAAAAAAUUACAAUUGGAAGAAAGUCAAGAUGAAAUGACGCAUCAAGCGCGAGUGCAUGAACAAAUGACGGCUCAAAUAGAAGAUGAUGCAGACCACGAACUACUAGAAAUAAGAACAACGUACGAGACGCUGUUGCACAAAGAAAUAGAGCUGAAGAUAAGACUGAAAGGAGAGGCUGGAAUGAUGCGUAAUAGGUACAUGGCUAGCCAAAAAGAAGUUGACGAGUUAAAGAGACAAGUGCACCGGGUUCAGAGUGAAUACAGUUAUUUUCAAAAAUCUAUGCAAGAAUUGGAGAAAGAUAAAGAGGACUUGAGGAAAGAAAUAGAUGAGAGGGAUCUUACGGUUCAAAACAGGGAACUGCAAAUAUACGAAUUGAAACGUAGAAAUCAAGAAUUGGAGAAGUUCAAGUUCGUGUUGAAUUACAAGAUUACGGAAUUGAAAAAUCAAAUAGAACCGCGGGACCAAGAAAUCAGGGAACUUAAGGAAAAGAUUCGAGACAUGGAAACAGAGCUCGUAAAUCUCCAUAAGACUAAUGUUAGCUUGGAAUUGCAACUGUACGAGUUAAGAGAAAAAUUGGGUGCCGCGAGACGCGAACAACAAAACGAAAUGCAUCGAAACAAUAGAUGUCAAAAGCUUUUAAAAAGGAUUCGAGUGGAUCUUCUUGAUGCGUCGGGACUUGUGCAAGAUCCGGAAGCGUUAAAAGCUGCUGUAACGAAAUUAUAUCACAUGUACAGUUCAAGUGACGAAUUUUUACGCAGCCGUAAAGCAGAUUUAGACGCACAAUGCGAAUUUAACAAGCAGAGAGAUCAUCUAGAGAGAACGAUAGCUUCUCUAAGAAAACAAGUCUUUCAGGGUACAUCUAGUGGCGGCAAAGGCAUAGAUAAAACGAUGGAAGAAAAUGUCACAUUGCUCACGGAACUAAAUGUUUUGAGGGAGGAUUUAGAAAAUGCAAGGAAACAUAUGUUACAUAUGGAGGGCCUUCUGGGUUUAGCAGCUAAAGAUAUAAAACCAUCAGAAGCGAAAAAGAAAUUAGAGAACGCAUGUUAUGGAUAUGAAGAAUUGCAGGAUAAAUAUAAAGUUCAAAUGCAGGAGUGCCAAAGUAUAAUAAACGCAUUAAAGGAUGACAUGUUUAAUUUAAUGUGCAAAUUGCUAAAAUAAAUUUUUAAAAGCCAUAUACAUAAAUCGAUAAAAUUAUUACUAUAAAUUAAAUGGAUUACAGCCAUGGUGACCAAGUUUCAAAGCUCGAAUGUAAGUAAAAUAUAUAAAAAUGCUGUGUAAUUCCGGUGGUACAUUAUUUAUUUAAAGAAUAAAAAUAUUGGUAACAAAAUGAAAUCUAGAAACACGAUUAGUUAUAAUUACCAAUAUCGUGCCCCUAGAUUGAGAUGAAUGUAUGUACAUUAAUGAUACAUUUACAAAAUAAA